AGCGCCAAACCGUUGCGCCAUCUUAGUUCUCGUGGUUCGUGGCUUGGUUUUUGUUUGAAUUUCGAACAUUUAGUUGCAUUCGAUGAAAAUGUAAUUGUUGUGAUUUGCCAGUAAAUCUUCGGUUGUUUUUCACGACAUUUUCCAUUUGCUGUCGAUCUCUGUCGCGUUUGAAACCAGGCGGCAGAUUUAUUUCUCGUGCAAACUGCGAUUAUCGUCCCGAGUUCGCUGGCGGGAAAGACCUAACCUCGAUGCGUCGUGGGUGCUGAUAGACAAGCUCCGAUACAUUUUCAGAUUAAGAUGGCUGAGCGAUUGGAAGAUCUGAACCUGCCCAAUGCAGUUGUGACCAGAAUCAUUAAGGAAGCUCUACCGGAGGGAGUGACGAUUGGGAAAGACGCCAGAACAGCGGUGGCGAAAGCUGCGUCUAUCUUCAUUCUCUACCUCACGUCGUCCGCCAAUAUAUUAGCCAAGAAAGGCAACCGCAAGACCAUUAGUGGACCGGACGUGAUACAAGCGAUGGUAGACAUCGAGUUCGAUCAGUUUAUUCUGCCGCUGCAGGAAUCUCUGGAAAACUUUAGAAAGAUCCAGAAGGAGAAGAAGGACGCAACGUCGAAGAAGAAACAACAGAAGAAAGACGAUGAUGAUGUAAAUGGCGAGGAUGACGAAACGGGAAGAGAAAUUGUAGUUUUUUAAGUAAGCGUCGUUAAGCCCGUAUCAGAUUAUGGAUUGAGAUCUUCUCCGUAGUCAGAUACGGGCCUUAUAUAUAUUAUUUUCAAGUAAAUACUUAUCUGUAAUAAUAAUAAUUCUUUAAGGUCUUAAUUUAUGUAAAUGAUAAAGUAUGAUAAAAGUAAAAUGUUCAAGUGCGAACAGUAAUAAGCAAAUGUGCACUUUGAAGCAAGUUAAAUAAAAGAUUAUUUAUUUCAAUUA